AUGGCAGCAAUCGCCCUCACCCCGAGGGCGGCGGCUUCGUAUUUCUGCAUGCAUGCGCUCCGCCGGGAGGAGUGUCUCGACGUCACACACCUGGACAUUGCCGCUGCCAAGGCCGGCGGCUCUUUUUUCUUCAACAUCAUGUCCCGCGAUCCUGGGGUAAUGUGA